AUGCGCUUUGCAAUUGCAGCACAAAGUAUGAAAAAACGAAGAGAAUUUUUUCAACAAUUUGAAAAUAGAAAUCAAACGGACGCUCCAAUGGAGGGAACAUUUGCAGAAACUACAAGGUUUGGUCGACGUGCAAAGGAGGAGGAACAAAGGAGGGAACGGGUUCAACAACUUUUGGAAAAAAUGGAUUCAAAUAAAACUAAACCUUUGAAACCAAAAUUGGUUGUUGCUGAUAAAUCAAAUGACAAGAAGUUCAUGAUUGCUGCAGUUAUCGCUCAACUUGUUUUGGCAAAUCGGGAACUUGGGUUGUCUGAGAUUGUGAACAUGUUGAAAUUGUUGUUUGCUGAACACUACUCUGAUGUUGAGAUUGAUAUACCUAGCUUUGUUGAAGAAUAUUUGCCUUGUAUGAAAUUUGUUAGAGCACCAAUUGAGCCCCAUAUUGUGAUUGAACAAGUAUGUGGUAAAACAUUAGUAAAAUCAUUUACUACAAAAAUUGGGAAUUUCAAUAGAAACUUGAAGAAACUUUGA